AUGGCGCAAGGACGACGGGGGGGGGGGCCACGGCGAAUACUCGAGCACGGAGGGACUGUCACACCACCACCCGUCCCUGCCGACCGACGGGGUCGCAUCGGGAUCCAACGCAGGUUGGAGUUCCGCACCCAACGAGUGCCCUCGGACGUCCCCACAGGACAUUCAGAGCGAGUCACCACGCCCACACGGAAGCAGGUCGGCGAGGAAACCACCUGGGCCCGGGAUCCCACCCCAGCACGCCAAUCCACCACACCAAUCGGGCGGACGCCACGUACCACGGGCCUGGGCCAGCGGAUGCACGCCACGUCAUCCACGGAGGACGUCCGGCGACCUCGUGGUGGAUACAACCACAUCGCAAAUGGGAGCCCGCUGCGAUAA